GGAAACAUGCAGGAGCCAUGAUGAGAAAGGGAAGGAAAUAAGCCAGGCCUGUAGGAAGGAAGCCGCGGCGUCCGAUAGGACCGGGAGGAGGGGCCGAGCAUGCGCAACGACGCAUCCUAAAGCAGCUGGCGGUUUCUCCAGCUGCCCAGGCGGAGUGGCGCGCAUGCGCUUUCCGAGCGCGAAGGGGGGUGUCGUUGCCGUCGCCUGCUCUGCUGCUGUUGCCGCCACCGCUGUCAGUUCCGGCUGCUGAGUGAGGAAGACGAUCCGGCCUCGGAGCUGCUUCCGCCGCCCUCUCCGGAUCCUAGGAGCGCCCGCUCCUUCCCCCUCCGCCGGCCAUGGCCCGGGACUAUGACCACCUCUUCAAGCUCCUCAUCAUCGGCGACAGCGGUGUUGGCAAGAGCAGUUUGCUGUUACGCUUUGCAGACAACACUUUCUCAGGUAGUUACAUUACUACAAUUGGAGUAGACUUCAAAAUCCGGACUGUUGAGAUUAAUGGAGAAAAGGUGAAGCUACAAAUCUGGGAUACUGCUGGACAAGAACGCUUCCGGACCAUCACGUCAACGUACUACAGAGGAACACACGGUGUUAUUGUCGUUUACGACGUUACGAGCGCCGAAUCCUUUGUGAAUGUGAAGCGGUGGUUGCACGAAAUAAACCAGAAUUGUGACGAUGUUUGCCGGAUACUGGUUGGCAAUAAGAAUGAUGAUCCAGAGAGGAAAGUGGUGGAGACAGAAGAUGCGUAUAAAUUUGCUGGACAGAUGGGGAUCCAACUGUUUGAAACAAGUGCCAAAGAGAACAUUAAUGUGGAAGAGAUGUUCAACUGCAUCACAGAGUUGGUUCUGCGAGCAAAGAAAGACAACUUAGCAAAACAGCAGCAGCAGCAACAGAAUGACGUGGUGAAGCUAACGAAGAACAGUAAACGGAAGAAGCGGUGCUGCUAAUGCCCUUUCUCCCACGGCAGAGACUGCCCACUCAGACAGCUCCGCCCUUCCAGCCAGACUCGGGCAAUUUCACUGGGCUGGGCCUUGGGAGGACUUGUUUUUCUCAGUUUGUGCCGUUAUUUAAAAUAAAUUCUUUCCACGUUUUCAGUCGGGAGGCACCUUCCCACAGCAGUGCCAAGAAGGUAUUGGACGGAGGUGGUCCUCCCCCUCUCUCCUCCUUGCUUUUUCAAAAGCAUCUUGUAGACAAAAAAUGACUUUGCCUACCAAGUGGACUUUUGAUUCUAAAAGUUUGUACAUAAUGUAUAUUUGCUUUAAUCAGCUGUGUCUGCCCCUCAUGUUGCUUUGGCUUCUGCUUUCUUAAUAUCAACCGAUCAUGCAUUGUCCAGAGUUCCUCCUCCUCCUCUCUUUUUCCAAAGAAACAGAAUAAUGUCCUUUACACAGAGUUGGCAUCCACUGCUCUCUGGGCAUUUUGUUAGCUUCCAAGCUAGGAACUGACAUCCUUGGGGCUUUUCAGUUUGACUCUCUACUGAGCUCCCAGGUUGCUUCUGAGAUUCUUUUCCUACCAUUCCAGAACUGCUGGGCUGACUGGGCAGUCCUUGGAAUAGCUGCAUUCUUGCUUCUCAGCACUGUGGUGUAGAGGGUGAGGAGAAGUGCCCCAGGCAAAGUUUUUAAAAUGAAACUAUCAGGGAUGAGAGAUUUGAGUUUAAAACACCUUUUCUUCUAAUGACAUUAAUCUCCUGUAGCACCAUCAAGAGCUACAGAAUUAUUGUUUGGUCAAAAAUCUUUUACCACUCCUCUCCCCUCCACCCCAAUACUCAGUCUCCAGUUAGAAGGGUUGAAUUCAGAAGUUCUUUUCUGAGGGAUGAAGUGUGUUUGUGUGUAUGUAUAUGUGCUGAAAAGUAAAAAGGGGACCCUUGCUCGGCUUGCAACCAACGGCUUGUUGCCAGGCUAUUUCCCGUGUUGUCCUCAUUAGAAUGAAUGCCAUUUUCUGGAUAUCAGGAAGUUGAGAGGCCACUUGCUUGGGUUGUGCAGUGGUAAUUGGAUCUCCUUAGACAGGGCCACUUGGCUCUUUUUAGGCUCAAUAUAAAGCAGGGUUCUUCUGACUCCCAUGUAUUUCAGUUGGGAUGUAACCAGAGCUCAGCUACUCAGCAUUUAAAAAUGACCUCUCCUAGCAUAUUAGGAGGGUAUGACCUGGGCUGUCAAAAACAUCUACCCAUCAAACCAAAACAGAUGUAUGUGUUUUUGUGGCCCUGAGGAUGAUCAUGUUAUCAAGAGGCCCUCUCAUGUCAGUGACCCUUUGGACUUUGAAUCAUGCAAGAAGGGCUGAAAACCUUAUUUAUUUUUUUGCUUGCCUUUAUUAACAUGUCCAGAUUGUACCAUCACAUCACAGGUAGUCCAACUUUGUAGACUUUUUCCAUGCAAACAGUGAAAUGUGAUAGGUUUCAGCUAGUGAAAGUGUUUUUGGGGGAAAUUACUUGUAUGUUACUUUCACUAAUUCAAAAAUGGGGACGUGAACUUUAAAGACCCAGUUUGGAAGGAUUUUCUAGUGUAAGAAGCCUGUAGAAAUGGCAGAGGUUAUCUCUGCUUGGAUUUGAUGGUCUAAAAAAAUUGUAUAUCCUCAUUGUGGGCGGGGUGGGGUGCGUGCUCCCAAGUUGCAGUGGUCCCUUGGGAAUGGGGGACACAGGUGUGAGCUUUGCCAAUUCAGCAGUCCAGUUUCUGGCUUUGAGGUGUGGGAUGCUUUUCCAAUGCUGCUUUUAGCCAUUUCCCUUGCUCAGCCUCUGCUCAUUAUUAAAGGAGGUUGUACAGUGGUAGGCUACUUGGUGGAUGACACCUGCAGGAGUAUUAAAGGGAAAAGGGGGGAGGGACUGUAUCCUUAGCAGUGCUGAUAUCAAGUGGUGGAUUAUUUCUGUAUAUUGAAACUUUCUAAUUAUGCUUUUUAAAUAAUUUUAAAAACUAAAAAUAAAGGUGCCAAGCUGCCAAACCUUCCUUCA